AUGCCCUGGCUUUCUGAAUCCAAUUCUUCUCCUCCAACUGAGGAUCAUCAGCUCAGCACACGUCGAAGCCUUGGAGCUGCGAGUACCGUAGCCUUCAGGGAGCUCCGUUACGAAGUCUCACCCCCAAGUGGGUGUUCAACUGGCGACAGGGCCUUGAUCACAUACGACAUCCAUGAGGUCGGGAUGAUGUCCUACAUUGCCCGGCUGUCCAUUGUCGAAAAUGGUAUAUACCAAGAAGAUUCCGAAAUACUCGUCGUCCACUUCAUUGGCACAGAGAGGGACUCCCGCGAGGAGCCACACAGGCCACGAGCUCGGGACGUUCUCGCGGCGUUCUGGGUACACCAAAUGGGGCGAAGCCUCAGACGCCUUCGCGUAAUACAUUUUCGAACUAUCGUUGAGCCCACCACGAGGGAUGUGGUGCGAGACUACAUCUGCCCGCUGCUGGAUGUGGCAUAUGAUCAGCUACGCGACACGCCGUGGGAGGACAUAACCCUGUACGCCACAUCGCUAGACAAGUCUUUGCAUCGGGCGUGGAACUUGCUGUGUGAGCGUUCAAAGUUGGUUCGGUGCGCCAAGGGCGUGCUGCAAGAAUCCGAGACUAUGACGCGGCUUGAGGGCGAAGAGCGGCUAGAUAUCGUGCAGGUAGAUAUUAAGCAAGCCUACGACAAAUAUGGAGAUCGGAGCAACUUUGACCUGAUGAUCUAUUUCGGCAACCAUGAUGUUCUCAAGGCGCUUGUAUAG